GUCAGCCAAGCAGCUUCGGGCUCCCAAUUGGGUCCAGGGGUCGCAGUCCAGCUGCCUCGGGUCUAAUUGUGUCUGGCUGGAGGUGGGGAUGGUGGAGAAAGGAGCGAUGGCAGGACUCGACACGCAGAAUUUGGAUUUGUUGAACGAGUCUGAGGUGAAAGGUCACAAUGUAACUCCAGAUGCAAGAUCGGAGCUGGAGGAAAAUGGUGCAUCGUGUGAUACGGGUUUGCCAGAGUCCCCAUCUUCUGAACCCAUCCAUAAAAAACCCUCCUCUGACGCCUUGCUUCAUAGUAACAUGGAACGGAUGCGGAGAGUCCGCAUCAAGGAUUGCUGUGACCAGUUACGUAUGCUUCUGCCUUACGUGAAGGGAAGAAGAACUGAUGUGCCAUCUAUCCUGGAGAUGACUGUUGAGUACAUGAGGCACAUUUAUGGGAGAAUCCCAAACAGCAUAAAAUCACAGAUUCUUGAAAUCUUUCAAACAAAUCCGAGGUAUUGUAAAUAUAUAUGGAAGGCAGAUGAUCGCAAGUAUCCUCAAAACCAGUUAAUACUCCGGAACAGAGUCUUUGGCAGCAACUUAUCUUCUGAAAGAAUAAAACCAAAAAUUCUGUAUGCACCACAACAAUUCACCAGAAAUGAAUAUUUCAACAAUCACAAAACAGAUGGUACGAGUUCCAUGAAUGGCUCGUUUGUAUAUCCAAUGGCUGCUCCUGAAUCCAAUCAGUAUUACAUUCCUGCUGUCAAAAGAUUAGUCCCGCAACUUCAAACAAGUUUGCCUUCAAACAUUCCUUCGCCAUCUCUCAUUUCAGUUCCAAGUAUCUGCUUCACUAAUCUCCCCAACAGCUCGAUUUUCCUUUCGACUAGCUGUUCCAGCAAUUCUCUCCCAGUGUUUACACCCUGGGCACCUGAUGUCUCCAGGUCUUCUCUUGUAUGCUCUCUUCUGCCUGUUUCGAGUGACAGUGCAAGUUCUCUAUCAUUGUUUCCUUCUGGAUAUUCGGUUGACCAUUUUCCUCUAGCUUCCACUUCCAUCACACAAACUAUAGACACAGCUAUUCCCUCAGCAAUGACAUUCACUGGCAUGAACCACGUGCCAACUAAUCUGCCAGCCCAACCUUCCACAGCAGUGUGGUCAACCAGUGGAGAACAGGCUGGAGCAGGACAAAGAGAAAACGUUGGCAAAAUCAUUCACUAGACCCGUUCUGCAAGGAAAGUAAAGUUUGAUGUUUCUUCCGUGUACAGAAGAUAAGAGAAAUAGAAGAUUGUUGGAAAACUAAAUCAACUUUGAAGAGGAAAGAAACUUUCAAUAAAAGGUUUUGAUUAUAAGUGAGUGGGAAAAUGGCCUAAAGUCCCAAUCGUGAGUUACUUUGAUGGCCAAUUAUUGGGAGGUAUUUGGAAACUGCUUUAGGCAACUAUAUUUAGUGCCGGGAUUCAUCAACUACAAAGCAGCAUCUCUUCUGUA